AGAGUAGAGAUGGAAUGUGGAAUUCGUCCACUGUUCUUGUACAUAUUCUUUGUGUAUCCCUCUUUUGAAUUUUGAAUAUUGAAUUUAGUACUGCUCCGCCAUCGCGAUAUAGGUCACAGGCGCGUCGUGAUGCUGUGGAGAUCAGUUUUGGUUCUUCCCAUAUUGGGAGUUGCUGCAGCAGCUGCUUCUAUCGAUGAGUGUCCUGGUUACACUCUUAGGAAUGUGGCCGAGUCUGAUAGCCAGAUCACCGGGGAUUUAAUUCUUGCUGGAAGUGCGUGUAAUACGUACGGCGAGGACUUGAAUAAUCUCAAAUUAUUGGUAGAAUACCAAACAGAUUCACGAUUACACGUCAAGAUCUACGACGCCAAGGAACAAGUGUACCAAAUCCCCAAGUCCAUCCUGGUCCCUCCAUCCGGCCAGCGAGAUUCAUCUUCUCAACGAUCAGAUUUGGUAUUUGAAUACACCAAAAACCCAUUUUCGUUUGCAGUUCAACGUAGUUCUAAUAGAGAAACUAUAUUCAAUACCUCUGGCACCAAUUUGAUCUUUGAGAGUCAAUAUGUACGCCUGCGUACUUCCCUGCCGCAGAACCCGAAUAUCUACGGAUUAGGGGAGGAUUCAGACUCUUUCAGACGAGAAACCACAGAUUAUACACGUACACUAUGGAAUACUGGCCAGGCCUUCUUACCAACGCAUUCAAAUCUUUAUGGCAGCCAUCCAGUGUAUAUCGAAAUGCGGAAUGGCCAGGCUCAUGGAGUCUUUCUUUCGAAUAGUAACGGUAUGGAUAUCAAGAUCAACCAAACUGCAGAAGACGGCCAAUAUUUGGAGUAUAAUACCCUUGGUGGCGUGCUCGACUUUUACUUCAUGGCGGGUCCUGCUCCUGCAGAUGUGGCUCGUCAGUAUGCUGGUGUUGUUGGUAUACCCGUUCAACAAUCAUACUGGACAUAUGGCUUCCAUCAAUGCAAAUACGGCUACCAAGACGUCAUGUACGUGGCAGAAGUGGUCUACAACUACUCGCAAGCUAAAAUCCCACUGGAAACCAUGUGGACAGAUAUUGACUACAUGGACCUCCGGCGGACAUGGACAUUAGACCCUGAACGUUUUUCACUACAUAAGAUGCAAGAGCUAGUUGCUUACCUCCAUAACCAUGAUCAGCAGUAUAUUCUCAUGGUGGAUCCUCCGGUCUCGUUGAAUGAUAGCACAUCAUAUGACACUGCGUCGGAUGCUGGAGUAUUGAUCAAAAACAACGAUGGUUCCACGUUUGUAGCAACCAUGUGGCCAGGUGCUGUAUCGUAUGUUGAUUGGUUUCAUCCAAACGCGCAGUCUUUCUGGACUGGUCAGAUUAAAUCCUUCUUUGAUGAUCAAUCCGGCGUUGGAGUGGACGGUAUGUGGAUUGAUAUGAAUGAGCCCGCCAAUUUCUGUGGUUACCCCUGCUCCAACCCAGUCGAGGUAGCUAUUCAAGGCAAUGACCCUCCAGCUCCACCACCACUUCGCACAACCUGGGAUCCUCUUCCAGGCUUCCCGUCUGAUUUCCAGCCUCCGGGCUCGAAUUCGCGAAUCAUGAGACGGGACACAUCCUCAGCCAACAUGACCGGUUUGUCCGGGCGUAAUCUCAACAACCCAGGUUAUACUAUUGCCAACGGAGUUGGUCCUCUGACUGUUGGUACUAUCUGGCCUGAACUUCCCGAGUACGGAGGCUAUGUGCAGUACGAUACCCACAAUCUCUACGCAUCUUAUAUGAUCGAGGCCUCUCGUCAGGGUCUGCUGGCUCGUCGACCAUCGGAACGACCAUUCAUCAUUUCACGAAGCACAUUUGCCGGUGACGGAAUCAGGGGCGGCCACUGGACCGGAGAUAAUGCCUCCAUCUGGGCUCAUUAUUUACUCUCUAUAGUCCAAAACAUGGAGUUUGCAUCCAUCUUCCAAAUUCCUAUGGUGGGAGCUGAUGUGUGCGGAUUCAACGAUAACACCACCGAAACCCUCUGUGCUCGAUGGGCGAUGCUAGGUGCUUGGUAUCCAUUUUAUCGUAACCAUGCAGAUAUCACAGCCAAUUAUCAAGAGUUCUAUCGCUGGCCGUUGGUCACAGAAGCAGCACAGAAAGCUAUAACUGCACGCUUUCAAGUACUGGAUUACUUCUACACAGCAUUCUAUCAGCAGACCGUGGAUGGUUCACCGACAACCAUCAUCCCGCUGUUUUUCGAGUAUCCGAAUGACCCGACUACACUCGAUAUUAGCUAUCAAUUCUUCUUCGGUCCUUCAAUCCUAGUAUCUCCCGUAACAACCGAAAGUUCGGAGAGUGUAUCACUCUACCUGCCCCCUCAAGAUAUCUUCUACGAUUUCUGGACUGGUGAACGUGUCAAACCAAACGGGGACUCAAACACCCUCAAUCUUGACAACGUUACCUACACCGACAUUCCCGUCCAUAUCCGAGGAGGCUCAAUUAUACCUUUACGCGCCGACGCUGGCAACGCGAAUACGACUGCUGCGCUACGUACCCAUGACUUUGAGUUGCUGAUUGCGCCGGAUGUCGACGGUAGAGCUACCGGUAGCUUGUACCUUGAUGAUGGGAAAUCGAUCAAGCCAGACAGGACUUCAUACCUACAAUUUACGUAUGAUAGUGGACAUUUGUCGGUCAACGGGACGUUUGACUAUGAUCCUGGCGUGGGAUUCAAGGGUGUUACAGUAUUGAGCAACGGAAAUCAGAAUGGUGUUAACGGCGGUGGUAACGGCACUGGUACGGAUAGUUAUGGAAGAAUUGGUUUGGUUCGACAGAUUGAUGAGGGAUUCAGUGGUGGAUGGGAGGUGGACGUUUGA